ACAUAAUAGUUAUCUUGACAGAAACCAAUUAAAUUUUAGAACAUUUGGUUUUUAUUUAUUUCACGAGAAAUUUAUCUAUAAAAGAUACCUUUCCUCAAAAAAAGAUGGGAAGAAGAAAGUCUAAAAGGAAACCUCCGCCGAAAAGAAAAAACAUUGAACCACUUGAUCAACAAUUUAAUUGUCCAUUCUGCAACCAUGAAAAGUCGUGUGAAGUUAAAAUGGAUAAAGGCAGGAACACCGCCAAAAUAACUUGUAGAGUUUGUUUGGAAGACUUUCAGACUGGAAUUAACUUUCUUUCAGAACCUAUUGAUGUUUACAAUGACUGGGUAGACGCCUGUGAAACAGCAAAUUAAAUUGAAAUUAUACUUGUGUAUUCAUGAACGACUGUUUAUUUUAUGUAAGUCUAUCAUUAUCAAAAAUAUUUCACAUUGACUAAAUACAAAUGUAAAGCUAUAUGGAAAUCUUA